UCCCCUAUUCAUCAAUCAACUCAAAAGGAACAGCAGCAGCCACUCCACCCUCUGCUUAAAACAUAAAACAUGGCAAGCAUGACACUUUCAUCUACUUUCACAAGCAAAGCUGUUCCUUUAAAUGGAAUCACUGAGUUUUCAUCAGCCACCUGCGGUGGCAAUGGCAGAGUCUCAAUGAGGAAGGCAGCAGGAAAGGUAGCUGCUUCUGGGAGCCCCUGGUACGGUCCUGACCGUGUCAAGUACCUUGGACCAUUCUCUGGCGAGCCUCCAUCUUACUUGACUGGUGAAUUUCCUGGUGACUACGGUUGGGACACCGCAGGGCUAUCUGCAGAUCCUGAAACGUUUGCCAAAAACCGGGAGCUUGAGGUUAUUCAUUCUAGGUGGGCAAUGCUUGGAGCUUUGGGAUGUGUCUUCCCCGAGCUUCUUGCCAGGAAUGGAGUCAAGUUCGGCGAGGCAGUGUGGUUCAAAGCUGGUGCUCAAAUCUUCAGCGAGGGUGGUCUUGACUAUUUGGGAAACCCCAGCCUCGUCCAUGCUCAAAGCAUUUUAGCCAUUUGGGCAACACAGGUAGUCCUCAUGGGCGCUGUUGAGGGUUACCGCAUUGCAGGAGGCCCCCUCGGUGAGGUCACCGACCCCUUGUACCCAGGUGGCAGCUUUGAUCCCUUGGGGCUUGCUGAUGAUCCAGAGGCAUUUGCAGAGCUUAAAGUUAAAGAAAUCAAGAAUGGGAGACUUGCCAUGUUCUCCAUGUUUGGGUUCUUUGUGCAGGCUAUUGUGACUGGGAAGGGACCUCUAGAGAACCUGGCCGACCAUCUUGCUGACCCUGUGAACAACAAUGCUUGGGCUUAUGCCACCAACUUUGUACCUGGGAAGUGAACUUAACCGUGAUGCAUUGGACAUUUCAGUCAGGCAACUGAUACUUGUCGUUUGUAACAUAAGCUUUAAGUGCAUUUAUGCCAAGAAUUUACUGAA